AUGCAAUCUUCUACUACCAACGACGUCAAUUCUUUCGCGCAACCAUCAACAUCAUUAAUUAGUAAAUCGAAUAAAUAUAGAAUGCGACUUUGCGACGCAUCUCCGGAAUUACUAAAAUUGAUUAAAGAUUCGGAAAAGGAGUAUGAAAAGCCUUUAUCGAAUAAAUCUACCUCUUCUAGCGUUGACGUAAAUCACUCUAACCUUCUAUGUGGAGUUCCCCCUAAUAAUAAAAUUAGAAAAAGCCCUUAUUCGAGAAAAUCAGGAAAUUCUAAUCAACUUGAUAAGAAAAGCAGAAGGAGAUGGUACGAAUCAAUUGUAACUGAUAAAAAUCUGCAUCUUCUCAAUAUUUCAAUCUAUGAAUUAUGGAAAAUGAUUGAACUAUUAAAACUUGACAAGUCAAUACUUAAAAAAAUAACCCCAAAAGUCAAUUGGAGUUCAGAACCUCGGUCUAUAAUACAAUUCCCGUAUUAUGACUAUUUACAUCCUAAAGAAGCUUGCGUAGCUACAACAUUAAGGCUUACGCCUUUUCAAUACCUUUUAGCAAAAUACAUACUAAUUUCCUCUGCCAGAACGGCUAUGGAAAAAUCAUUACCAUUUCGCAGGUGUGAUGCACAAAAACUCCUUAGAAUAGAUGUUAACAAGACAAAUAAAUUGUGGGAGUGGUUUGUUCAAACCAAAUGGAUUCAAAAUUACGAACAUAAUUAUUAG